AUGUUAUUUUUGGCAACUUCAAGCUUGCGCAGGUCAGCAUUGACCGCGUCCAAAAAAUGUCUGAUCAGCCGCCGUGGCUUGCUCACAUUAGCCAUCGAAACGUCAUGUGACGACACCUCGGUAGCCAUCGUCGAAAAGACAAAAAACGCCAACGGAAAUGCAGCCAAGAUUCAUUUCCUCGAGAACAUCACCGCCGACACGCGCGCGCACCGUGGAAUCCACCCUAUCAUCGCCCUCGAAUCUCACCAGGAAAGCCUCGGAAACCUGGUCCAAAAAGCCCUGAACUACCUACCAGAGUCGCAAUCGGGAAAUGGAAACGGUCUCAAACUUGCAGACGGGUCUCAGCGCCGCCUACCCGACUUCAUAUCUGCGACCAGAGGUCCGGGCAUGCGAUCCAAUUUGUCUGUGGGCCUUGAAACUGGGAAAGCGCUAUCGGUUGCAUGGCAGAUCCCCAUGGUCGGCGUUCACCAUAUGCAGGCACAUCUGUUGACGCCUCGCCUGGUAUCAUGUUUAGACAACCAGUCCAACCCCGACCCUUCGGCCGUGGCGCCUGAACUGCCAUUCCUGUCGAUUCUCGUCUCCGGGGGCCAUUCCAUCCUAGUCCAGUCCACACACCUAACAGAACAUAAGAUUCUGGCCGCUAGCGAGGAUAUAGCUAUUGGAGAAGCUCUGGACAAAUCCGCGCGGGACAUCAUCCCCGCUGAGUUACUCCAAGGUGCCAAGAGUACCAUGUACGGCAAGACGCUGGAGAAGUUCGUCUUCCCGAAUGGUGAGGCGGAUUUCGCAGAUUACAAGCCUCCAAUGACCCGGGGUGACGAGUUGGCUAAGCGGGAGAGCAAGUGGGGGUGGUAUGUUACUACUCCCUUUGCGAACACAAGGGCGCUGCAAUUUAGCUUCUCCUCGGUGUCGAGUAUGGUUGGCAAGAUUGUGGCUAGGAGAAGCGCCGAAGGGGGACUGUCUCAUGAUGAGCGCGUUGAUCUCGGCCGUGAAGUCAUGCGUGUUGCUUUUGAACAUCUUGCUUCGCGGACUAUUAUUGCGCUGGAGACGCUGAGACCUCAUAAUACCGGCAAGGAUAAGAUCCAGACCCUCGUUGUGAGUGGUGGUGUUGCGGCCAACAGGUUCCUGAUGAAGGUGCUUCGGUCGUUCUUGGAUGUCCGUGGCUUUGGAGACAUCCAGAUUGUUGCUCCACCCCCAUAUUUGUGUACCGACAACGCAGCAAUGAUCGGUUGGGCUGGAAUUGAGAUGUUUGAAGCUGGAUGGAAGUCCAGUCUUGCCUGUCGCCCUCUGCGGAAGUGGUCCCUCGAUCCACAAGCUGAUGAUGGAGGUAUACUCGGCCCUGGAGGCUGGGUCCAAAAGUGA